UGUCAACAUGUAUAGAGUCGCGAUGAGGUACAAAUGUGUUGUAGCAAGGUUGCAGCUAAAUGGUGCGACUCUAGUCAGACAGUGCAGCUCGCUGGCAAACUCGGAGCUGGACAAACUCUUCCCAAAGGAUGAGUUUGUAACUCGCCAUAUUGGUCCUCGUGAACAUGACCAGACCGCCAUGCUGGACCUGUUGGGAUUCAAGUCUUUGGAUGAGCUAAGCAAUAAAGCUGUUCCUGAUAGUAUAAAGCACAAGGGCUUGUUGGAUAUCGGACCUUCAGUUUCCGAAUAUGAGCUGAUAAAGAAGAUCAGAGUGAUUGCAGAGAAGAACCAAAUCUGGCGAAGCUACAUCGGCAUGGGCUACCAUAACUGUUGUGUACCUCACACUAUCAUGCGCAAUAUAUUUGAGAAUCCUGGAUGGACGACACAAUACACCCCCUACCAGCCAGAGGUUGCUCAAGGUAGACUGGAAGGGUUGUUGAACUACCAGACUCUGGUGACUGACCUGACAGGACUGGAGGUAGCCAACGCUUCUCUGCUGGAUGAGGGUACAGCAGCUGCUGAGGGGUUGGCCCUGUGCUACAGACAGAACAAGCGGAAGCGUCUUCUAGUGUCCCACAAUGUUCACCCUCAGACUCUGAGCGUAGUACAGACCAGGGCUGACUCUAUAGGACUGGCCGUGGAUGUGGUGGAUGUCUUCAAGGCAGACUUCUCCUCUAGACAGUACUCGGGAGUUUUGUUCCAAUACCCGGACACCAACGGAGACUUGCACGACUUCACAGACGUAGUGCAAAGAGCGCAUGCUGAAGGUACACUGACGGUAUGUGCCACUGACCUCCUGGCUCUCACAGUGGCUAGGCCUCCCAGUGAGUUUGAUGUGGAUGUUGCUGUCGGCACCAGCCAGAGGUUCGGAGUGCCGCUGGGCUACGGAGGACCUCAUGCUGGGUUCUUCGCUUGCAGACAAUCUCUGGUCAGACUGAUGCCUGGACGAAUGGUUGGACUUACAAGGGAUAUAAACGGCAACAAUGCGUACCGCCUGGCUUUGCAAACCAGGGAACAGCACAUCCGCAGAGACAAGGCUACGUCCAAUAUCUGCACGGCGCAGGCGUUGCUAGCCAACAUGUCUGCCAUGUACGCCAUCUACCACGGACCCAAGGGGCUGCGGCGCAUUGCCAACAAAGUCCACAAUGCUACACUGUUACUCAGAGAAGGGCUACACAAGGCUGGCCAUUCCAUUCUGAACUCACUAGUGUUUGACACUCUGAAAGUCCUGCCAAGUGUUUCCAAAUCAGAAUUGUUGUCUCGCUGUGAACACAAGAAGAUCAACUUGCGCUACUUUUCUGACGGUGCUGUUGGGAUUUCUCUUGAUGAAACAAUAACCAAAGAAGACGUUGAAGAUAUUCUUUGGGUUUUUGGUUCCGAAUCAAGCCUGAAUGAUAUUUUCAAGGAAGGGGCGUGGAAGACCCAGAGUCUGUCUGAGUCUCAGCUGAAGAGAACCUCUCCGUACUUGACACAUCCGGUGUUCAACUGUCACCACUCGGAGUCUAGAAUUGUCCGAUACAUGAAGAGUUUGGAGAACAAAGACAUCUCAUUGGUCCACUCCAUGAUUCCUCUGGGUUCUUGCACUAUGAAGCUGAACAGCACUACUGAGAUGAUGCCAUGUAGCCUUCAACACUUCACGGACAUUCAUCCGUUUGUCCCCAGAGAGCAGGCACAAGGCUACAGUCAGCUGUUCCAUCAGCUGGAGCGAGACCUCUGCACCAUCACUGGUUACGACAGAAUAUCCUUCCAACCUAAUAGUGGAGCUCAGGGCGAGUACGCUGGUCUCAGAGCCAUCCAGUCUUACCACAAUUCGCGAGGGGAAGCUAACCGCAAUGUCUGUCUCAUCCCGGUGUCGGCUCACGGCACAAACCCAGCGUCGGCACAGAUGGCCGGCAUGGAACUGGUGCCGAUAUCAGUGACCAAAAGUGGCGGCAUCGACUUGGCACAUCUCAAGGACGAGGUAGAGAAACAUAGUACAAAUCUCUCUUGUCUAAUGAUUACCUACCCUUCGACGUUUGGAGUGUUUGAAGAAGAAGUCAGUGAUGUGUGUCGCUUGAUACACGAUCAUGGCGGACAGGUAUAUCUUGACGGUGCCAACAUGAAUGCUCAAGUUGGCUUGUGUCGUCCGGGUGAUUACGGGUCUGACGUGUCUCAUCUCAACCUACACAAAACAUUUUGUAUCCCUCAUGGUGGCGGUGGGCCCGGCAUGGGGCCCAUAGCUGUCAAAGCUCACCUAGCUCCUUUCUUGCCCAAUCAUCCGGUUGUCGACCUCUUCCAGAAUGAGGAGAGUCAAAGUUUUGGAGCUGUCAGUGCAGCACCCUUCGGUUCCUCUAACAUUCUGCCUAUCUCCUGGGCUUACAUCAAGAUGAUGGGAGGCAGUGGGUUACGUAAGGCCACACAGAUCGCAAUACUCAACGCCAACUACAUGAGCAAGCUGUUAGAGGACCACUACAAGACAUUGUAUCGCAGCCCUCAGUCUGGUCUUGUAGCCCACGAGUUCAUUCUUGACAUCAGAGACUUCAAGAAGACGGCAAACAUCGAAGCGGUAGACAUUGCCAAAAGACUUAUGGAUUUCAGUUUUCAUGCACCAACGAUGUCGUGGCCAGUUGCCGGAACUUUAAUGAUUGAGCCCACCGAGUCAGAGGAUAAACAAGAGUUGGACAGGUUCUGUGAGGCGCUUAUAUACAUCAGACAGGAGAUCAGAGACAUAGAGGAAGGAAGGAUAGAAGCUAAGCAGAGUCCACUCAAGAUGGCGCCUCACACACAGUCACAGGUCUCGGCUUCAGAGUGGGACAGAGCGUAUUCUCGUGAGCAGGCUGCCUUCCCAGCCCCUUUUGUCAGAGAAGACACAAAGAUAUGGCCGACAGUGGGACGCAUUGACGACAUCUACGGAGACAAGCAUCUCGUUUGUACUUGCCCACCUAUACUCGAGUAUUUCUGAGGUUAAUUUCAACCUUCUUGUAAAUAUCUUGUAAAAUAUAAGCUGUAUAUGAUUG